CGUUGCGCAAUCCCAUUGUCAUGAUCCAAAGUCCAACUAUUGCAACAACAUGCAGCAACUUCAACUACGGAAAGCAGUAGAAAAGGAUUUCUCUGGAUAAGGAUUUGAAAUUAUGGGCUCAGUAUGUAUCAAGGAUGACUAAUAUUCACCUAUACAGGAGGUAAUCUACUGAGGCCUCAUGGUAAAAAGUAUAAUUGUUGCCUACACCCUGUGGGCAGUAGGUGGGCCUUUGGGCCUUCACCAUUUGUACUUAGGGAGAGACACCCAUGCUCUGCUAUGGAUGCUAACACUAGGAGGAUUUGGAUUUGGGUGGGUCAGGGAAUUUAUACGAAUCCCUGCUUAUGUUAGUGAGGCCAAUCAAGAAGGAAAUAAAGAAAGAAAAAGGCCUCCCACCUCAACCCCUCCACCUGUGAGUCCUGUCAGAUUUGCAGGACAGGUGUGUGUUGGAGUCUACUUUGGCACUGUGGCCAUGAUAGGGCUGAACUCCCUCAGUUUCUUCUACUUGAUUGUGUUGCCUUUAUGUGUGGGUGCAGGGGUGCAUCUGGUGUCCAAUGUUGGCCAGCAGACCUCCGAUCUCCAAAAGACUUUGACUUCUUGUCUCGCAACCUCCCUGCUAUUCUAUGGCAGCACAUUAUCUCCUCUUCCUAUAAGCUUGGCUGCCAGCGUCACUGCUGCAAAGCACCGCACGUUCAAACCUCCACGGACACCUGGGAGCAAACAGAAAUUAGGUCCACGGCUUUAUAGGAUCGGUCUAGGUUGGCUGGCCUUCUCUGCACCGCUGGCUUACUGUAUUUUCCACAACACCACAGCCACCCUGUACUAUCUGUCUGACUCUAUAGCAGCACUGCUGGAUAUUUUCUGGUUCCUGCCUUGGCUCAGAAGUGUGUUGGAGUACCUUCUUUUAACGCCAUAUCGGAUAUUGUGUGUGCUUACUGGAGGAGGGUACUAUGAAGAGGCCUGGAGGAAGGUGCUAGAAAUACUGCUCAAAGAAUACACUGAGAGAGAAAAAGAGGCACUGAAGAUAUUGUCUCUAGGAGCAGAGGCCUCUCUUGAGGAGAUAUCCCGAAGUUAUAGGGAACUGGCCAAGAAGUGGCAUCCAGAUCACAACCCCAGCAAGGAUGCUGAGGAAAUAUUUGUGAAGCUCCAGGAGGCUUAUGAGGUCCUUCUACGUUGGCAUAGGCCCAAUCGAUUCAAGUAGUUGCCUUUUAUUCAUUAAGGGCUUGCUUGCGUUGUCAUUAUUUUUUAUUGUUCAUGAAAAAUAAAUCAAGGGCACGCACAGACACUUGUACUUUGUAGUUUAUAACACAUAUAGACUGUGUUUCACAGCUGUCCAGUCCAUUAUUUAAAAGUCUGGCCCAAGCAGCAGUUUGCUGCCACCUCCUGGGGCUAAAGAUGAAGUGUAAUCGUAAACCAUCUCAUGAUAACAA